AUGUCCUCGCACCGAGUGAUAAUCGGCGCGGUGACGGUCGGCACAGCCGUGACCGUCGUGGCGACGUUGUGCCUCGCCGUCGGCCUCCUCUCCGACAUCAACGACUUCUACGCCGACGUCACCAGCGACCUCGGCGAGUUCAAGGUUCGACGAGGUAUUCUGAAGCUGAAGAAGAGAGCCUUCAGGGAUACGCUGACGACGCCUGGCGUACGAUGAUGGUGUCAGAGGGCGGACGGUCGUCGUCGUUGUUCAGAUCCAGAAGACAGGCCUACAACGAGCAAGCUCCGUCGGGGGCUGUUGACAGCGGCAGUGGAGGAGCUUCUAGCGGAGGCGGUGGCAGCGGCGGCGGACAGUGCAGUGAGUCUCUUUCAAACUAUAUCCAGCUAACCCUGUCAGAAGAGAAAACUGAACCUGUCAUACUCAAAAACUGAAACUUUCUCGAAGAAGUACUCAACCAACUUUUUCAGACUGCGCCGCUCAAGCUUCCGGCUGCCCAGCUGGUCCACCAGGACCUCCAGGAACUCCAGGAGAGCCUGGCGAGCCAGGAACGGCGGGAGAAGACGGCAAGGCCGGCAUGGAUGGACUCGCUCAGAUGGCGAUGGAGGCGAUGGGCGGCUGCGUCAAGUGUCCAGAAGGACCACCCGGACCUGCUGGACCAGACGGACCUCCAGGACCGGCGGGACCUGACGGAAACGCUGGACAAGCUGGCGAAGGAGGCGGCGAGGGAGAAGCCGGACCACCUGGACCACCGGGACCACCUGGACCAGAUGGAAAGAACGGAAACGACGGUGCGCCAGGAGAGCCAGGAGCUGCAGGAAUGAAGAUGACGAACACGCCAGGACCAGAAGGACCAGCCGGAGCGCCAGGACCGGCUGGACCAGCUGGAGAGGACGGCGCGGCCGGAGCUGGAGCCGAAGGACCGGAAGGACCAGCCGGACCGGCUGGAAACCCAGGAACUGCCGGAGCGGACGGACCCGCUGGAGACGCCGGAGCUGACGGAGCUCCAGGAAGCGACGCCGCCUACUGUCCUUGCCCGCCGAGGUCUUCGAUGUUGUCGGCGUCGGCCGGAGCGACGGAUGCCGCUGCCGAGGCUGCACCAGCCGCUACUGCUGAAGCUGCUCCAGCUGAAGCUGCUGCAGCACCAGAAGCCGCUCCAGAAGCAGCGCCAGAAGGUGCUGCUGCUCCUCCACCAACCGAGGAGUACAAGUCGGCGGCUCCCGGUGAGAACAGCCUUUCUUACAAAGACGUCUAACUCUCUUCCUUUCGCACACUCUUUCUAAAACCUCUUUUUUCAGCAGAAGCCCCAGUGGAGCAGCCACCAGCCGAGACAGAAGCUGCUCCAGCUCCAGCCUACCCUACUAACAGCUACUACAAACACUAA